AUGAAGAAUAAUAAGGGGGAGGAUGCUAAGGAGAGGGUAGAAUCAGGAGGGGGUGGUAGGUUGGACUUCUGGCUGAAAGAAAGCAUCAAAGACGUCAAAUUUUCUGACGAAUACGUCAUCGACAGGGAGUUAGGCAGAGGAGCCACGUCCAUAGUUUACAGAUGCAGGUGCAGGCGAACUAGCAAGGAGUGGGCGGUGAAGAUGAUCAACAAGAAGGUCGAGAGAAGGAUUGUGGCCACUGAAAUCGGUGUCCUACUCAAACUGAAUCAUCCUAAUAUCUUCAACUUCCAGUUUGAUUCAAAAACUUCACCCGAAGAUAAUGUUGAAUGUGUUGGAAUCAAAUGUCAGAUUCGUCUGAAGGAGGUUUACGAGAGCACUGCAGUCAUCCACAUGAUUCUCGAGCUGGUCACCGGGGGAGAGCUGUUCGAUAGAAUCGUCUCGUGUGGCUUCUACAGUGAGAAGGAGGCUAUCAAGUGCGUCAGUCAAAUGCUGGAGGCUGUUCAGUAUCUCCAUAAUAACGACAUCAUCCAUAGAGACCUCAAACCGGAAAACCUCCUCUAUGAAGAUGAGUCUGAUGAUGCUAAGCUAAAAAUAGCUGACUUCGGCCUAUCGAAGAUAACGGAGCAUAACAUUCAAAUGCAGACGAUAUGUGGCACGCCUGGCUAUUGUGCACCGGAAGUACUGAAGGGACAUCGAUAUGACUCGUCCGUGGACCUCUGGAGCAUCGGCGUCAUCACGUACAUACUUUUGUGCGGGUAUGAACCCUUCUACGGCAACACAGAGAAUGAAACUUUCAAAAAAAUUCUACUCUGCCAGUACGUCUUUGAUUCGCCAUGGUGGGAUGACGUCACGGAUGUUGCCAAGGACUUUGUGUCUAGACUCUUAUUAGCAAAUCCCAGCGAACGUAUGACUACCAGCCAAGCACUGCAACAUCCAUGGCUCACUGGCAAGGACAAGGUGACGUUCAAAGAGCACCUGCCAAAUGUCAAGGACAAACUGAAGGACUUCAACGCAAAAAGAAAACUCAAAGCUGCCACCGAUGUACUGAUGGCCCUGAAGUUCCGCCAUCCUCAUCCCCCAAACGAUGACGUCAUUCCUAGUGAUGUGCACGGAGAAGAUAAAUGUGUUAUUAGUCCUGCUGAAAAAGAGGACAAAGAUCAAAAUGAAGAUGCUGGUGACGGUGAUAAAAUUGAUGGAGCUACUGGGGAUAAAAACGCAGAAAGUUGUAACGGGGAUGAAGAAGAAGAUGGUGGGGAUGUUGAUGAUGGGGGAGGUUGUUGUUGUGCGAGUACCUCCAAUCAACAACCGAGAGCAACAUCCCCGUUCUCAGCUGCUGCCAAAUGUUCUUCGAAAUAAACUUUUUAAAUAUUUUCUGUUGAUAGUUUAGUUACUUUUGUGUUGUUCAUUAAAUGUUUUAUCAGGUGCGCGGUUGAAACGUACAGUGUUGGACGAAAUCAUUUCAUUUUAAUUUCAAAAAUAUCAAUUUCAUGGCUAAAGAUGGUUGUUGAAUAGGAGGAAAACUAAGCUACACAGUUGCACUGUGUCACAUCACACGUCUUUCUUCAAUUCCAAAUAUUCAAUUCAUAACUACGAUAUAUUUUUUGAGAUUUCUUACAAAGUAAAUGUCAUUUGACUAUUAAUAAACUUAAAAACAAUUAUACUUUUUCAACUUCAAUUACAAAUACUAUUUAAAAAGUUUUAACCGCA